AUGCUUGAAGCCGCGGGCCAGAAGUACUAUGUAAGCGGUACACAAAAGAAAUUCGACGCAAUCAUUCAAUCUGCCGGCGCAAAUUAUGUUAGGUCAAGAAUCUGGGUCAACCCAUCUGAUGGCUAUUACAAUUUGGCGUAUAAUCUAGCUCUAGCCAAGCGAGCAAAGGCUUUAGGCCUCAAAUUUUAUCUUGACUUCCAUUAUUCUGGUAACAAUCUGAGCUGGCAAGUGUAUAACUACACUAAAAGCGUUGUCACUAGCUUUGUGUCCCAAGGUACUCCUGUUGACAUGGUGGCUAUCGGUAAUGAAAUUACUAAUGGCUUGCUCUGGCCAACUGGAAGUACCUCAAACUGGGCAAACAUUGCGUCUAUUCUCCACUCUGCAGCAUGGGGAGUCAAAGAUGCUUCUACCACUCAACCCUUGAUUGUGGUGCACACUGACAAUGGCUGGAAUCAAGCUACCCAGACUUGGUUCUAUAGCAACUUGAUGGCACAGGGAACCUUCUUGUCCACUGACUUUGAUAUUAUGGGCUUUUCAUUUUAUCCUUUCUACGGAACCAGUGCUACACUUGCGAACUUGAAGGCUACCUUGAAUUACAUGAUAUCUACCUAUGGGAAAGAUGUCAUUAUCGCUGAGACCGAUUUCCCCAACUCCUGCAGCGGUGUCACUCUUAGCGAGUCCAGUAUACCUAUAAGCGCUGCCGGUCAAACAACUUGGGUCAAAGAUAUCGUUUCUCUGCUCGAAGGGUUGCCUAACGGCCACGGCAAAGGUGUAUUCUACUGGGAGCCAGCAUGGGUUGGCAAUGCUGGCCUUGGAUCUUCUUGCACAAGUGCCUUGCUUGUUGAUUCCAGUGGUAACACUCUUUCGUCCAUCAACAUGUAUGCUUAA